AUGAGCACGCGCAAGCAGCAGCGGUACUGCGCUUGUACAGAGGUCAAUUUGUCAGAAACACUUUCAGCAGCCGUAUUGCGUUUGGUCGAGUUGGAAGGCAUCACUUUCACGCUGCUCCUGGUGCUUCUCGUGCUUCUCUUCUACAUCCCCGUCAUGCUGAAACUCGUCUCGUUUACGACGUCUCCAGCUUCGCUCAUCUUGAGGGGUCUCCAGAAGGCGGAGGCCAAAGAAGCCAACAGCAAAGAGCGGAGCCAAGAAGUACAGGUGCUGCACGUGCUUGUCCUGCAGCAGAGGACAGAGCGGCUCCUACUACCACUGCAGCAGCAGCAGCAGCAGCCACAGCAGGAGCAGCAGCAGCGCGCCCCGUCAUUGAUGCAGGACUGGGAGAUUCAGAACGCGGGGGAACUGCUGCAGCAACAGCUUCAGCUUGGCCCGACGCGGCAUCGAUGUGUGAAGAUCCACGAGCUUUAG